GAUUCCCUAAUGGCUCACAGAACACUUGCGGCGGAUACAAAAAUUGAACUACAAUUCCCAAGCCACAGUACUUUUUUUUUUUUUUUUUAGCGCAUGCGGGGUUUUUAACCGCCCGCGCAUGCGCUCUUCAGGUUUCCGGGGACAAGGUCGGGGUACUUCCUGUAGCAGGCGGCAGGCUCAUGGCUUUCCUCCUUCGAGCUGUGCCAAGGUUGCAGGGGCCCACUGCAUGGAGGAGGCCUCUACGGGGACUGUGGUGCUUCGCUGGGCAGGGGGAUUCUAAAAGAUGGGUGGGGAGCAGGUCUCCCAGCUCACAGGAGAAGCCACGAGGCACCGAGACUGAAACAUUCCACACAAUCUACAGAUUCAAUGCCAUCAGGGCACUUGGGCUCCUCUCUCGGUUGAAGGUGGCACAGACAGCUGUGACUGUGGUGGCCCUGCCCCCGGGCUUCUACUGCUACUCACAAGGCCUCGUGACCCUCAACUCACUGUGCCUUAUGAGUGGGAUUGCCAGCUUUGCCCUGGUCAUGCUUUGUUGGAUGAGCCACUUCUUCCGGAGACUGGUGGGCAUCCUGUAUGUGAAUGAGUCAGGUACCGUGCUUCGAGUGGCCCACCUGACCUUCUGGGGCCGGCGACAGGACACAUACUGUGCCGUGUCAGACAUGAUACCCCUGUCAGAAUCCAAGGAGCGGGUCCAGGAUGUGUUCGUGCGCAUCCAGCAGUACAGUGGCAAGCAGACCUUCUACCUCACCUUACGCUAUGGCCGAAUCCUGGACAGGGACCGUUUCUCACAAGUGUUCGGAACCCAGGCCACACUCAAGAACAGCAACUAGGCCUCUCAUAGCCCUGGCUACACUUGGAUUUUAGACAGAAGGCCAAGGACAUGCAUGAGACAAAAGCUAAUACGGGGGACUGGGCUGAUGCUCACUUUGUAGACUGCUUGUUUAGCAUGCAGGAUGUGAAGCCGUGGGUUCAGCCCCUAGCACUGCAUAGAACCAGUACUGAUGACACGAGCAGGUGGAGAAAAAGUUCAAGGUUGUCUUGGGCCAAAAAGGAAGAUAUUAACCAGCUUUAGGAAAAAGCCCUUAGUGGAACAUUAUACUGUAUAGGGCAUCCCAACAGAUAGUAGCCAGAAGCUUCUGUGACGAGGCAGUCCCUGGAGGAGUGCUGUGCCAAGACCACCGAGGUAGCCCACUGCUGCGAAGCUGGAAGGCGGAGGGGUCUGCGGCUUUGGGUUCUGCUGAGCCUUAGUUCCUUGACCUGGGGCAGGGUAUUAAGUUUCUGAACCUUGAAUUGCGUUGUGAGAUGGAAGACCCUUCCUCUCAUGGGGACAGAUAUGAAAAUGAGAAUAACGGCUGGAGCUUUGUGGCAGAGCUCUUGCCUAGCAUGUGUAAGGUCCUAAGUUCCAUCCCCAGCACCACAGAACAGGCAAAACCAGCGAAUACUGAGUGCUGUGUAAGGUACACAGCCCAGAGCUUACAACAUAGAGCAAGGCUUCCAGGCUGCCACUGGGGGCCCAGCACCCUUGCUCAUGCCCACCGGUUGGGUGGCCAUGGCUAAAGCCCAGAGUGGAUUUAUUUUUUCCCAUCAGCAAGUCACUACACCAACAGAGGUAGGGACAGCACCCCUGAGACUGCGUUGAUCACCAGGAGGUCCAGGGGUGCUCACAUCUGGGAGCUUUGCAGUGUUAUCGGAGCAGAGGGACU